UCUUCGUUUCCCGCGUUUCCUUUAACUAGCGCGCGCUAAAAUCGUCAUUCCGCGCGCGAACGAAUUUGAACUGCACGCGCACUUUACGAUCGAAUAUAAAUUCAAAUAAUUUCGAUAAAAUACACAUGUUCGUCUUCUGUUUGUGUAAUAUAAUGAAAUAAAAAUAAUUUAAGUGUUAGUAAAAACAGUGUAUAGUGUUGUGUUUUAUAAUUUCACCUGAAUUGUAAGACAGCUGAAUAUUGUAAAUCAUAAAACACAUACAUCAUGGCCACAAAAUCGUAUAGCAAACACAAGGAGUACAAAGAGUACUCCAGCAGCGGAGGCGUAGUACCGUACACAGACGAACAAUUCGAUAUGAUAAAAUCCGAACUCUUGCCGAAGGGCAGUAAACUGGACUCUUUGGGGCGGAGUGGAGUGGGUACCAGAGAGUACCACUAUGAGUACAAGGAGGAGAAACUACCUUCGGGAAAGUACGACAGAAAGGAUCUGCACACGGUUGAGGAAUACACGAUCCCUCCAAAGACCGUACCGAAAGCGGCUGAGUCCAGCACCUACUACUACGAGAGGGAAGAGAGAGAAUUGCCCGCCAUCACGACUGGUACCAGAACUUACAACUACGAGACAAGUGGUCCUAGUCCUACACCAGGAUACUCCAAAGUAAAAAGCUCAAAGGUGACAAAAGAGAUGACUCAAAACGUUGAAGAGCUAGACUCAUUGCUUGACGAUUUGCAGAAGGACCAGGAGCGGCAGCUGUACAAGAGUGGAUACACUUCUGAUACGGCUGAAAGCACUUCAUUUGACUACAAGAAAGGAACUCCAGUCAAGGCUCCAUCUAGUGGCUACUCGACCCUGAAGCAUGAGGAACGCGUGGAGUCUUCCUCAUGGGGUUCUCCGGCGCCUGUGAGGCAGACCGAGCUGAGGCAGGAGAUCUUCCGUGAGGAGAAGACGGAAUCCCGCGUGGUACCGUCUCAAGUGUCGCCCGCGCUGCCACAAGUGGUGCCACCAGUAGUGUGCUCGCACUGCCACUGUGUGCCCUCCACUGCCACUCUGCCCCGCGCGGGCACCCCCAUGAACAAGGUGACCACGACGGUGAAGACGUACACGUACGAGGUGCCCGCCGAUACAGACCCCACCACCGUGCCUAUCCCCACCGACACCCGCUACGAGCACCACCACCACCUCGACACCACCACCAGCAGCGUCAGCCCCUCCCCGGCCAAACUGGUGGCGCCCCCCAGUGGCGGCUGCCAGUACUGCUCGCACUGCAACACUCGUCGAGAAUUCCGCUCCACGCACACCACUGACGAGCGCUCCAGCGAGCGCGUGGCGGUGUCUCCCGCACGCGAGCCGCACAAUGGACACGGCCCUCAUGGUCCAUCAACGUACAAGUACAGCGAGACGACGUACUCGUCUCACGGAGGCCCCUCCCCCUCCCCGGCGCUCUCCCCCUCCCCUUCGCCCUUCCCACGCGCCGCCACCCCCUCUGGGGGUACGCAGCAACCCCCUAAGAAACUUGAUGAUCUGAUGGCUGACUUUCCUGAAGCGAGGUUCCCGACCCAGCCCGAUGGCGUGGUGCGUCGUAAGGUAGAAGUACAAAGUUCGAGCAGCACCCACGACACCAACAACGCCAACAACGCCAACACCCCCAGCAAGGGCACGCUGGUGGGCAGCAAGAACGUGGCGGGCCCCGCCGUGUACUACCCCCCCGGACACACCCCCUUCGCCAAGAAGGACGCGCCCGCUGGUGGCUACCAGUCUAGCGCAAUGAUGCAAGGCGGAGGGGCCUACGCGUCUGGGCGCGGCAUGUACGAGUACGAGUCUGGUUCUAGAAGCAAAGAGAAGCACUCGGAGAAGAAGACCGCGGUCCCCAUCUGUCUGCCGCUGUGCUGCGCCAUGCCCUGCGUCAUUAUGUGAGGACAGGCGGACGUACAAAUAUAUAUAUAUAAUAAAUAUUUGAACCCAGAGAGCAGAGCUGCUGUACUUGGGUAAAAGGGCAGUAAACUAUAAAA